ACUACAACAUAAAUUGACCAAUUGGACUGAUUAGCCACGAAAAGUAAGACCCCGGAUCAUUUUUCGGACAUUAAUCAUUCGCGGAUUUUAUUUCGAACGGUUCGGAUGCACGUCUUUUCGAUAGAUGUGUGUGAUUGUUUCGGACAUUUGAACGGUUUUGGGUGAAAUUUUUUCUUUCGCGAUAACAUUUACGUUUUAUUUGUGUUUUAUUGUGUAAAAUUGGUGUUAAAAUUUCAAUUUUGGCUUUUGAAGUUGAGAAAAGUGAGACAGGAAUUGUAAUUUAAAAUGAUUUCAAAUUGGUCCAGUCCGGGAGAAGUGUUUGGGGGCGAUAGUGCUAACAUGUACUCUAGGCUGGAAAAUCAGUUUUAUCCGAGCAACAAUUUUGAACAAACCGCUGGAUACAAUAAGGGUCAAAUUGAAACACCUUAUCAAACGGCUCAAUUCUGCUCGGGACCUCAACCCAUGUUCUCCAACCAACAACAAGACAUGAUUCCAAAAGUUGGGCCAAUGCAGCAGUUCUCCUACCAGCAGGAAGCUCGCCAUCAGGCGCCAUCUUAUCAGCCAUAUGUUCAGCAAACACUACCACAGCCAGUGAACGUAAUGAUUCCUCCGGCUUUCAUGGAACAACCCUACCCCUUGCCUAACUAUGCCCCAUGCCAGGGGCCACCGGGAGGACCGUGGAACUACGGUUAUUGCUAUGGAUUCUACGGAGAGGCCCCUUGCCCGUAUGUCGAUGUCAUUGAUAUGGAAGAUUUCAUGAACAACGAGAAGCGCAAAGAAAAAUCCCGCGAUGCCGCUCGUUGCCGCCGGUCCCGGGAAACGGAGAUUUUCCAGGAGCUUGCCGGGCUGCUUCCGAUGCGCCAGGAAGACGUCGAUCAUCUGGAUAAGGCUUCGGUGAUGCGCCUGUCGAUUGCCUUCCUGAAGGUUCGCGAAAUGCUGGAAUUGUUUCCAUCCAGUGUCGGUAAUAAGAAGCUGAAUCAUGCUGGUGAAAUUGAAACGAACGAAUCUGACGAGCGUCUCGACACCAAACUAUCUUUGGAGGAUUUGGCCAUGGAAAAUGAAAAUCUUGCGCUGCAAACGUUAGACGGAUUUUUGUUGGUUUUAUCGGCCGAUGGCGAGAUAACGUUCGUUUCAGAGAACGUUUGCGAAUAUCUUGGCAUUUCCCAGAUCGAUAUGAUGGGUCAACCGAUAUGGGACUACAGCCACCAGUGCGACCACGAUGAACUACGGGAGGCUCUGAAUGGGCGUGAUCACAGCCCGUCGGAGCUCGUCAAUGGGGUGGCCAACGAUGACUGCAAGCCGUUGGAAAAUCGUGACUUCUUUCUGCGCUUGAAGUGCACCCUGACGAGCCGUGGCCGGAGCGUUAACAUCAAGAGCGCCUCGUACAAGGUUAUCCACAUGACGGGACACAUUGCGUGCAAGGAAAAUCGCAAACGCCAACUGGUGGCUGUGGCCAGACCGUUGCCACAUCCCUCCAACAUCGAGGUGCCGCUGGAUUCGAGCACGUUUCUGAGCAAACAUUCGCUGGACAUGAAGUUUUCCUAUGUGGAUGAUAAGAUGUUUUCGCUGCUCGGUUACCACCCGUCGGAUUUGAUGGGUAAACCUGUGUACGAGUGUCAUCACGGCAUCGAUUCGGAACAUCUCAUGGGAACCUUCAAGAACGGUUGAUCCGAAUCGAGUUUGUGCCAGAGGUCAUAUACAUUUUCAACAGUUGGACGCAAAUCGUUGAUAAUAUUCGUGCUUGUGAAUAUCCAUCACUGACAAACGAAUCGCUUCUGGUCGAUUGGAAGCUUAAACUGAGGACCUUUUUCGCCC